UGACAAAUCCUUUUUGGGAUACUGGUUAACUUAAAGUGUACAUGUUUGAGAACGUUCGCAAAGGCGUUGGAAAAAUGAAAUAUAGACUACUGUGGACAUAGGAUAAUAUACUGACAAAACGAUGAAUACGUCGAAACAACUGUUGGAUGAAAUUGGUGAACGGAUCAGUAAAGACAAAAAUAAGAAAAUAGGGUUUUCUUUGCUUUAUGCAUGCAAUACCACUAACAAAGCAGAUGUAGGGGAGUUUCAUGCAAAAUGUGACGCUAAAGGCCCAACUGUCACUAUCUUAUACGGCAAAUUUAAUACAUUAUUUGGCGGCUAUACAUCUCAAAGCUGGAGUUCAACUAACAGGCAAAAAGUCAAAGAUGAAAACGCAUUCCUUUUUAAAAAGGACGACAGAUUAGAUGCUAAAUGUGUCUUCUUGCCAAUUAGAAGAGGUCAGACAGAUAAAGCAAUAGUAUGUGAUAAAAAUUUUGGACCUACAUUUGGUGUAGGAAUGUUUAAUCGAUAUGAUUUGCAGACAUUUAAAAAAGAUUCAAAGCAAGAAUCGAAGAAAAAAGGGGAUUUUCUGAAAUUGAAUGGCUCCCUAAACGUGAGGUUCUCAUAUUCUGUAGAAAGGCAAAAUACUGACGAUGAAGAUGGUAAUGGCGUGUCACAGCUUAAAGAGAUCAAUUCCGGACAAAUGUUAGUCAGAACACUUGAGGUCUACCAGGUCAUAGCCGUCCAAACAGAUGAAGAUAUUAAGUAA